CACAUUAGCCCUAGACUGUUAAACGUGAGCUAAUCAUCAUCACAUUAUAACGUUAGCCCAGGUAUUACGAAAAAUACACAUUCUGAAACACAAAUAAUAAUUCAACCGCAUUCUGAAACACAAAGAACGUUAGCUUUUCUGGGAUUUGAUCGAACAAAAAAGGUGAUACCCAGAAAAUUUGCACUGAAUACAUUUUUUUUUUUCUCACACUAGAUUCCCUAAAUCUCAUUUUCUAAUUCAUUUCUCCUCCUUUUCCAAAUAAAGUUGUACAAAAAUUGGAUUUGGACCGCCAAUUGCCUCUUUUAUCUCUCCUCAAUUUCAAGUAUUCCUUGAUUCCUGCAUUAUACAUAGCACUUUUAUUCAAUAUCCAUUUCAAUUUUUUGCUGAAUUUGCUAUCCCUUGGAGUUGGAGAUGACGGGUGGUGGACCGUCGUCGGAGGGUGGUGCCACCAAGAACAUAAUCUGUGACGCUGUCGCUGGAGCUGCCGCAGGUGGAAUUGCUGCAACAUUUGUGUGUCCGUUAGAUGUGAUCAAGACAAGGUUGCAGGUUCAUGGCCGUCCUGUGGCUUCUUCUACUUCUACUUCUACUUACAAAGCAGGCAGUGUUGUCAUUACAAGCCUCCAAGAUAUUGUUAAAAAGGAGGGGUUUCGUGGCAUGUACCGUGGCCUUUCUCCAACAAUUAUUGCUUUACUUCCAAAUUGGGCGGUGUACUUUGCAGUUUAUGAGCACCUUAAAGGUUUACUCCAGAUGGAUGAGUAUGUUAAUGGGCAGCUGACAAUUGGUAGAAAUAUGGUAGCUGCUGCUGGUGCUGGAGCUGCUACAUCUAUUGCAACUAAUCCCCUGUGGGUAGUGAAGACCCGACUCCAAACACAGGGAAUGAGGACGGAUGUAGUUCCAUAUAAAAGCAUGCUUUCUGCGUUAACAAGGAUAGCUCGUGAAGAAGGAAUCCGAGGACUGUACAGUGGGCUUUUGCCUUCAUUGGCAGGAAUAAGUCAUGUCGCCAUCCAGUUUCCUGCGUAUGAAAGAAUUAAGUUCUAUUUGGCGAGUAGAGAAAACACUACAGUUGACAAGCUAAGUACAGGAGAUGUUGCAAUAGCUUCUUCAUCGGCUAAGAUUGUAGCUUCAAUGUUGACUUAUCCCCAUGAGGUUGUGCGUUCUAGGCUUCAGGAGCAAGGGCAAGUUCGUAAUCGUGAAGUUCAUUAUUCUGGGGUUGUUGAUUGCGUCCGUAAGGUUUUCCAAGCUGAUGGUCUACCUGGGUUUUAUCGUGGAUGUGCAACUAAUCUAAUGAGAACUGUCCCAAAUGCUGUCAUUACAUUUACUAGUUAUGAGAUGAUUAAUAGGUUUUUGACGCAAGUAGUAACUCCUCCAACAAAGACACCAUUAGCCCAAUCUAAAAUUGAAAGAUCAUAGCAAGCCUCUCUGUAAUGCAAAGGGUAAAAAAGAGAAUGGCUGCGGUUCUGAGCACUCACAUGACCAAUCUAGUAGUAUAGAACCAUCCAUCCCUCUGAGUAAAGAUCAGUUGACUGCAAGAUAAUGAUAGUUUCAACUCUGUAAUGCAGGAAAGAAACAUUUUCCAGUAUAGAAAGUAAAACAGAAAACAGUUAAAAUUGAGGAACAGUUUCAAUUUGACAAUGAGAAUAUUUCUCUUUGGAUGAAUUGUGUUAUUCUGCUGGCAGGGAAGCCCUGGUUGAGUUUAUAUUUGUACUGGAUUCCGACUGAUGCAUAGUUCGCUGAAUCCCUGUAAGUCUUCUGUGUAUAUGAUGAUGAAGAAAUCACAUAGAACCAUGUAACAUAUGUUCGGCUUAAAACAUUAAGUCUGGCAUUCAUGUAUGUUCGUUUAUUGUGUUUGAGCACUUGCACAUAUGCGGAUAGUUUGUUUUAUGCAACGUCUUGAAAGUACCUUCA